AUGGCGGAUACAGUCGAGGAGAACAAGCAAUCCGUGUCGGGAGAGGGACAGGCAGACGCCAACGCCUCGGUAGGCGGCAAGGGCAGCGCGGAAUCAUCGAGUAAGAAAACCGAAAGGAAGACGCCGAAGAAGCUGGGCGGAAAGAAGCCUCAACAGCAGCCCACUCCUGAAGCCACUCCUGCCCCCGAUAGCGAUGGCGAAGGGAAAGCUGAGCAAGAGGACGCAGAAUCCAAAAAGCAAUCCAACGGCGCCGACGCCGACGACUCCGAUGAACCCCAGCAAGAAAAGUCCAAGUCGCAAUCGAGACGCCGCCAGUCGCGUGGCCGCGGCCGUCGAGGCGCAGAGUCUGGUGCCGAAUCGGAUGCGCGGUCGGAUGUCUCGCAAUCAGGCGGCCGUCGCAACCGCCAGCGCCAGAAGAAGGGCGGAAAGGGCGGCGGUCCACUCGACGACAUCACCGAGAACGUCCCUGGAGGAGACGCGCUCGGUGGUGCUGGAGACAUGGUCCAAAACACCGCUGGUAACGCCGUCAACCAAGUUGGCGACACUGCUGGCAAGGCCCUUGGAGGUCUGACUGGCGGCGGCGGCGGUGGUGAAGAAGAAGGUGGAAAGGAUGGAGGCGAGCAACUGCGACUGCGAUUGGAGCUCAAUCUCGACAUUGAGAUUCAGCUCAAGGCCAAGAUCCACGGUGACCUCACACUUGGAUUACUGAACUAAACUGUACUCGACGAUUAAUGCUAAUGCACGACAUGUAUCGCACGGUUUUAAUUGAACAUUUGGAUGGCGUUUUGGCCUGGAGUUUUCGCAGGUAGUGCCACAGUGCCUGUGCGCAAUGUAUUCAGAAUACAACAAAACCAAUCGUACUUUUACCUGAAAUCAAAUAGUAAUCUCUGG